AUGCCGCGAUCAACAGACCAACCCGUCGCCGGCUCUGAGUUCCCUCCGCUUAGCCUUUGCGAGGACCUCGGGAGGGAAGCCGGAAAGGGGAACAUCCAAUUUCGGCUUUGGUUCGACGACCGCGGCGUCGUCCUUAUUGCUGAGCAUACUGCCUUCCGUGUGCACGCAUCCUUCUUGUCUCGACACUCCCCAGUGUUCAAAGAGCUGUUCACUGUGCCGCCUGCCCCCAAUGGCGAACGCAUAGGAGGCUGUCGCGUCUUCCACACCUCCGAUUCAGCUGAGGACCUGAACUACCUGUUGCAAUUAACGUAUGACGCACCUUGUCUCCUGAGACCCAUCAACCCCAGUGGCGACACUGCGAAGCCCUCAUUUGCUAUGAUAUCCGCUCUGAUGCGGCUCGGUCAUAAAUACGAAUUCUUCACUCUAGUCGACGACGCUGCGAGAUACCUCGAAACAUACUACACCACGAACUCUGACGUUUGGGAGCAGCUCCGAGACGGGAAGCAAGACGCGCCCUUCACCUUCUCUGACAAUCCUGCCGCUGACGCCAUUGAUGCAGUAGAUAUCGCACGCUUGACGGGAAGAUACGCCAUGCUCCCCGUCGCGUCGCUCUCUACCAAUGCUGCCAGCUCGAUCCCGUCGACCUCUUGGAAGGUGUGA